ACUGACAGUUAGUGAUACGAGUUGUAGGAAAUUUAAAAACAUCUAUCUGCAACCUUCGAAAAUGGAAAAAUAAAAACGAUAAGUUCAGAUAUAUCGCUCAGAUCCAUUCAUGUGAAAAAUGAAGAUAUACCGGUAUAAAUUAUUUUAUAAAGACCAAAUAGCUAUUCGCAAUUGACUGAUACCGGCAUUUAGAUGAUAAGACGCGUUUCAUAAAAAUGUUGAACGUUUUUCGUUGUUGAUCUCUGUUAAAAUAAUUCUUAAAUCAUUUGCAUGGCCCUAAUAAAUUUAACUAUAGAUUUUAUUUAUUGAAAUUAAACUAUUCAUUGUAGUCUAUGGUUCAUCAGUUCUUUGAAAUUUAAAGUGUGCUUUGCUCAAACAUUGAUCCUGAAUACAAUUUUAAUAAUAUGCAAAUUUCUUGGUGAAUUUUAAAUUUACCUUAGUUAGUACUAUAAUUGGCAUAUACCUAUUAAAGUAUUAAACCAAAUUUAGAUUUUCAAGUUUAUAACCAACUCUUAUGUUGUGACUAUUGGUUAAUUCAACAAAUGAAGUGUAAGAAGUAAUUAUAAUUUUAUUUAUUUCACCAUGAAAUUGCCCUCGUUUACUACUAUUGUGUCAGUACUAUUUAUAUCGUACUUGGGUAAUCUUUUUUACUCAAUAUGGGUAAUGGUACAACCUCCAAUAUGUACUAGUGAAGGUCUAUGUUUGAAAUCCUACUUGCUUAGGAAACCUAACUUGGAACUGAACAUAUUUGUUUCUUCACAUUCAAAUCCUAGAGGAUCAGAAGUUAUAUUUGUAAACAACUUUCCAAUUCCUAAUUAUAAUGUUUCUUAUGAAAGAAUGAUGUCUGUUCAACUACCAAAAAUCACUAAACAAAAUGGAACAAUGUUUGCUCAUGUAUUUUUAAGUAAAACUCAAGAAAAACUGAGUUCUAGUGAUAGAUGGACUAUAUUAUUAAGUGAUCCAGAGACGGUUUAUACUUUAGUACCAAUGUCUAUUUACAAAGAACCUGAAUAUAAAGUUUUUCAAUUGUUACAAGAUGGUGAAAAUGUGAAAAAAAAUGUUGAAAAACCAAUAACACAUGUAAAGGCUGUAUUGCCAGUCAGCAUGUUAACAGAACCAUUACAUAUAUCCCAAAUACAUUUACCUAGUGAUAUUUUUCAAUAUUUAAGAUUUUAUAAAAAUAAAGAAUAUUUGCCUAUAUUCUUGCACAACUCUCUCCAAGAUCGUUCUUACAAUGUUACAAAAAUUGAUAAAAAUACCUUACAUGUACCCAUUUUAUUACGUUAUGAACCAUUAAGUUACACAGGACUAAGGAUAUUAACACAAACUCAAUUGGCUAUGAUUACAAUGCAGCAAUUUGGAUUCAAAAAUAAAGAUAUUGAUGAAAUCAAAGCAAUCUUUGAUACCAAUCAUUAUUUACUAUUGAUUUCAAUUAUUGUCGCUUUUGUUCAUAUAUUAUUUGAUUUCCUGGCCUUUAAAAAUGAUAUAUCAUUUUGGCGAUCACGAAAAUCAAUGGCUGGAUUAUCAUCUCGUCUUGUCAUAUGGCGUGCAUUUAGUCAAAGUGUUAUAUUAUUAUAUUUGUUUGAAGAAAAAGCUUCAAUGUUGAUCAUUGUACCAAGUGUCAUCAGCUCUAUCAUAGAAAUUUGGAAAGUGUUUAAAAUCAUACCAAUUGAUUGGAAAAAUCUAAAAUUAAAAAAAUUAACUUUAAAUCGUGUUGAAGAAGAUACUAAAAAGUUUGAUGCUGAGUCUAUGAAAUAUCUUUCUUAUGUCUUGUAUCCUUUAUGUGUUGGUGCAGCUGUCUAUUCACUUAUCUAUGAACCACAAAAAAGCUGGUAUUCUUGGAGUAUUAAAAGCCUGGUCAACGGAGUUUAUGCAUUUGGUUUUCUUUUUAUGUUACCACAACUUUUCAUCAACUAUAGACUUAAGUCAGUAGCGCAUCUUCCUUGGAAGACAUUUAUGUAUAAGGCAUUUAACACUUUCAUUGAUGACUUGUUUGCUUUCAUUAUUCCAAUGCCAACUGCUCAUCGAUUAGCUUGCUUUAGAGAUGACAUUGUUUUCCUAAUUUAUAUCUACCAAAGAUGGUUGUAUCCUGUAGAUCGUAGUAGACUUGAUGAAGAUAUUGGAGAACUUGAACCAUCUUCUCAGGAAGUAAAAACAAAAACUGAUUAAAUAAUAUUUCAAAAAAA